AUGCUUGGCCUAUCAGUAGUUCCGCUUCUCUUCACUGCCCUCGCCAGCGCAUACCCCAACCGUGGGCCUUGCACUGGUGCUUGCGGAACUAAGGAUCCUGCCGUGAUUCAGCGUGUAUCUGAUGGAAAGUACUUCCGUUUCGGUACGGGCACUGGCAUCACCACUCACAGUGCUCCCUCUGUGAAGGGCCCAUGGACAGAUGUUGGAGGCGCCCUCCCCGAGGGAACCAGUCUGAAGCUGCCCAACACUGAUAGCAAGAACCUCUGGGCUCCCGAUGUUCACUAUCAGAAUGACCAGUACUAUAUGUACUACGUGCUCUCUGAGCUCGGCACCAAGAACUCUCAGAUUGGAGUUGCAACCUCCAAGACUCUGGACCCAGGCAGCUGGACCGAUCAUGGUGCAAUUGGAAUUCCCGCCAAUGACGCCUACAACCGCAUCGACCCUGCCUACAUCCAGAUCGGCGGCAAGAACGUCCUCGUCUUCGGCUCCUUCUGGGGUGAUAUCCAACAGGUCGUCAUGGAGACUCCCCUCAAGGUCGGUAGCGCCAUUCCCUACCAGGUCUCCUGGAACUCUACCCUGAACCACCGUGAGGAGGGUGCCUACCAGUUCAAGCACGGUGACUUCUACUACCUUCUCUACUCUGCUGGUAUUGCCGGCGGUUACACCAAGAACUACCCUCCCGCUGGUGCCGAGUACCACAUCCGCGUCUGCCGCUCUUCCACUGGCCUCGGUGAUUUCGUUGAUGCCGAUGGCAAGGACUGCAAGCAGACUGGCGGUACCAUGCUCCUCUCCAGCCACGGUCAGGUCUUCGGUCCUGGUGGCCCCGGUGUCUACGUGGACAAGGACCUUGGUGUUGUGAUGUACUACCACUACUACCCUCUCGCUACCAAGGAGCAGACCGAGACCGCCAACGGCAACGCAAACUACAAGUUCUCGUGGAACGUUCUCGGCUUUAAGGACGGAUGGCCCUUCGUCCAGGCCAACUAA